AUGGCGGAAGGUUCAGCACCUCGCCGGGGACCGUCCCGUCGGGCUCAGACGGGCGGCUACCUGCCGAUAGAGGACUACGGAAUGAUCGGCAACAUGCACACUUGUGCGCUUGUGGGCAUUGAUGGCAGCGUGGACUUCAUGUGCUGGCCCGAUUUUGACUCGCCGUCCGUGUUUUGUCGACUGUUGGACAAGGACAAGGGCGGCUACUUUAGUAUUGCGCCUCCAGCAGAAUUCCAGUGUACCACCAAACAGCAAUACCUGCCUGGGUCAUGCAUUCUGCAGACCCGAUACAUUCAUGAGGACGGUGUUGUGGAUCUGGUCGACUUCUUCCCUCGGCCCAAGUCCGCACUAGUCACCACCAAAGAAUACAAACAAAGUUCCUAUCGUGAGUCGACAAGCGUGCAAGAGGAACUCAAGAAGUGGCUCGUUAGACGAGUAGAAUGUAUCAGAGGAUCCUUGACGUUUGAUGUGGAAAUAUUUCCUGCCUUUGGAUACGGCCUUGAGCCACACACGACCACACUAUUCCCCAACAGCGACUCGCAGAGCAAAGUUGCCACCUUCCAUGGCAAAGAUGUGCGACUUCAGUUGGAUGUGGUCCUUCAGCAAGGAGACGACGGCAACGGAUGUCCCCAUAUCACAUUCAAAAGGGUAAAGAAGGAGGGGAUGAUUGGCGAAGGUCUCGUUGGCCGGGUUCAAGUACAUGAAGGAGAGGCCAUUUCCUUUGUGCUGAGGAACGACAUCCCAGAUCAUAUCACGGCACGGAUUUCCACUUCGGUGCUUGACAGUCAACAGCAUGAUACUCAGACCUUUUGGCACAAUUUCAACCAUCAGUCAAAGUACAAGGGCCGUUGGAGGGAGGUUGUGGCUCGAAGUCUCAUGAUUUUGAAAAUGCUGACCUACGAACCCACCGGCGCCAUCGUGGCAGCGCCCACCUUUUCUAUUCCAGAAGACAUUGGUGGAGUGAGAAACUGGGACUACCGGUAUUCAUGGGUGCGCGACUCCAGCUUCACCAUUUACAUUCUCCUUCGACUUGGAUUCAGGGCCGAGGCAGAUGCAUACAUGGACUUUAUUAUGGAGCGUUUUGUCAAGUCUCGCGGUCCCGAUGGGGGUUUGCCUAUCAUGUUUACCAUCCACGGUGAGACGGACAUCCCAGAAAGCACGCUGGACCAUCUUGACGGCUAUCGAGGCAGUAAGCCGGUCCGAAUUGGUAACGGUGCUGCUUUUCAUCAGCAGUUUGACAUUUACGGCGAACUCAUGGACGCCAUAUACCUGUACAAUAAGUACGGCAAACCAGUGCCUUGGGAUGUGUGGUGUGCAGUGAGAGAAUUACUAGACUAUGUGUUGACUAUUGUCAAUGAUCCCGACAUGUCAAUCUGGGAAGUCCGUGGUACGAAGCAGCACUUUACUUAUUCCAGAAUCAUGCUUUGGGUCACCUUUGACCGCGGCCUACGACUAGCCGAGAAGCGGUGUUUCCCGUGUCCCAACCGUGCCAAUUGGCUGGCGGCCAGGGACAAGAUUUACGAAGAAGUAAUGGAAAAGGGUUACAACACCGAGAUGAAGGCUUUUAUUCAAAGCUACGAAAACAGGACCGUUUUAGAUUCGGCUAUCCUCAUUGCCCCCCUCGUGUUCUUUAUUUCACCUUGUGAUCCUCGAUUCGUCAAUACUUUGGACCGAAUCCUACUGCCUCCUGAUAAAGGCGGUCUAACCAGUGCUGGCUUGGUGUUUCGCUACGAUACGGAACUGUCAGAUGACGGCGUUGGUGGGCGGGAUGGUGCGUUUAGCAUGUGCACAUUUUGGCUAGUCGAGGCCAUGACCCGUGCUGGUGUCUAUGAAAAGAAAUAUCUUGUCCGCGCAGUCAACAUGUUUGAGAAUAUGCUCUCAUUUUCCAACCACUUAUCCAUGUUUUCGGAGGAAAUUGCUCGAAGUGGCGAGCAGUUGGGCAAUACGCCGCAGGCAUUCAGUCACCUUGCACUCAUCAGCGCUGCGUUCAACUUGGAUCGAGUAGCAGAAGGGUGGACGGGCCAGCAUUGA